ACAAAAGAUUGAAUAGCGAUCAUUUGAAACGAUCCUCUGGGGAGUUUAUAUUGUUCAUUUUUCGGUCAAUUUUUUUGCGGAUCGCUCUUGGUUUUUUCCAAAGCAAAGCAGCAUGCCUGCUCCUAGGAAGAAGAGUAAAAAGGCAUCGGUUUUUAGCCAUGAAUUUAUCAUUACGAACCAUGGCGAUAUAGUGUCUUGUAUUUGCAUGGUCUUUAUGAUCGGGUUGCUCUUCAAGACAACACAGAAGGUUGCUAGCGUGUUCGUGGCUCCACAGCAUAACAUUACAAGAUUUAACAACGAUACUAACGAGCCGGAGGAGGUUCAUUAUGGUGUUGGGAAGAAAGACAUCUGUACCAUUUUCUUUUAUACACUUGCAUGGAUCGUUAUCCAUGCGAUUAUCCAGGAGUAUAUUCUUGAUAAAAUCAAUCGGAAAUUCCAUUUGUCCAAGACAAAAAUUAGUCGCUUCAACAACCUUGGCGGACACAUACCAUUUUACUUUGCCUCAGCUGCAUGGGGUGCUGAUAUUAUUUUAAAGGAGGGCCUGCUUCCUAAACUUUCUAAUUUGUGGCAUGAAUAUCCUCACGCUGAAAUGACAUUUAUCGUCAAGUUUUAUUUUCUUUUACAAAUUGCAUACUGGAUUCAUUGCUUCCCAGAGUUGUAUUUUCUUAAAGCUAAGAAGGAAGAACUAGUGCCAAGAGUGAAUGUUUACCUGCAAUACCUUGUCAUUCUUAUACCAGCAUAUGUCUGCAAUUUCACAAGACUCGCUCUGGUCUGCUUUGUCAUUCAUUAUUUUGUUGAGUUCCUAUUCAACUCUUUCAAGAUUCUGAACUACAUGGGUAAAACAGAGACCACUAAGAAUAUUUUGAUGUUCAUCUGGGGAUUGUUAUAUGCCGCUGUUAGGGUGGCGAUUAUUAUAUUAUCAAUUGUUACAAUCUGGAUUGGCUUGCCCAAACAAGAAAGCUCUGAUAGAUAUGACAUUGUCCCAAACUUUAACAAGAAACCAUUGAGGGUAAUAUUUCUUUGUGGGAUAAUUCUGAUGCAAGCAUGGCUCACUUGGAUUUUCAUCUCGCAUCAAGUCAGUUAUUGGAGCGACGUCGUGCAAUCAAAACGUCAGAGGUCAGCCAAGAAGAAAGAAGUGAAAAAGAAAGGCAAGGGUCAAAAGAAACCUGCAGCUGUAGAACAAGAUGGUGAUGCUGAUGAUGAAGAACAACCAAUUGUUAAUGGCAAAGAAAAACUCUCCUAACACUCAUGCUGCCUUUAAACUAAAC